AUGGCACCCCGUAUAACGGUGCAUCCCCAGCAGCGCGGCACAUGGUUGGGAUUUCUAGGAAGAGGCGUCUGUCUGCUGACGGGUGGCGCUAUUGGCUUCAGCUUCACUAAUCCUGAUUCUGACACGGCCUAUGAACUGUUUCCUGUGCACUCACAGCAGACGCACGUGCACGUAAGCAAGCUCUAUAUCGACAAGGCAGAUGAAGAUACUGCAAUUGAAAAGCUGAAAGACCUCCACAGAUUCUUCCAGCAGCAACAAGGGUACCUUUACUCCCGCCUUUUAAAGCUCGAUGACAGCAGCAACAGCGACAACAGUGGAAACAGUAUUCUGCCGCGGUUUGUUACUGUCAGCUCUUGGCUAACACCUCGCGACUAUUCUAUGGCCUGGUCACGCGCUGCGGCGCUAGGACUUCCCCAGCGAAUACCACAAGGGCCCUUGGCGGCUCAGCAGGGGGGCCCCCGUGCCAUGCUGUAUAAGAAAGUAGCGGACGAUUCUGAGUACUCUCCGACAGCUUAA